AUUUUUUUUUUCUUUUUUUCCUGUUUCAAAGAUUUCUGUUAGCUAAAUAUAUAUAAUUUUUUUUGAAUUUUUACAAAAAAUAAAAAAUAAAAAAUGGGGGGAGAGAGAGAGAGGCAGAGCCCUAAUUGGUGCUUCGUUUUCUCCGCGAAUGCUAACUGAAAGAUCGGUCCGCAAUCAGCGGACUCCCAUUGAAUAACAAGUCCAGACAACAUACUAGUCGUAGUUUGUGGUUUUAGAAUUUGGUGUCGAUUUUGAUGGUCUAAAUAUUUAUUCUUUCGUGGCUUGCAUUUGCUUGUUUUGGGGGUCGGGGUUGGUUGGCCUCUCUCUCCCGUAGCUGCGUCUCUGUUGUUGGUUUGAUUCCCAUUGCAGCAGGCGAUAGACAUUUGCACGAGUGAUUAAGUGAUUGAUUGAGAGGAGGUGGAAAUCAUGAGUAGUUCUUCCUUGCAUGGCUUGCUUGGUACGGCAUCGUCUUUGUCGCCCAACAAGCAGAACCAUCCUGACAUGGAGGCUGGACCUAUGAACGAGGCCAUGGUCGUGGACGAGUCCGAUCCCUUUGACAUCGCCCAAACCAAGAAUGCACCCCCUGAGGCGCUCAAGCGAUGGAGGCAAGCUGCACUUGUUCUUAAUGCUUUUCGUCGAUUCCGGUACACUUUGGAUUUGAAAAAGGAAGAAGAGAAAGACAAGAGAAGGAGCAUGAUUAGGGCGCAUGCACAAGUCAUAAGAGCAGCAUUACUUUUCAGAUUAGCUGGGGAGGAACAAAUUGGGUUAGGUACAACAGUCACACCUCCAACUCCGAGUGGUGAUUAUGCAAUUGGUCUAGAACAACUUGCUUCAAUGACCAGAGAUCAUAAAAUAUCUGCUCUACAACAAUAUGGAGGUGUUAAGGCUUUAUCAAGUAUGCUGCAAACAAAUCUGAAAACUGGAAUCAAGGGGGAUGAUACUGAUAUAUUAAAGCGGAGGAAUGCAUUUGGGGCAAAUACAUAUCCUCAGAAAAAAGGACGGAGUUUCUUGAGGUUUCUUUGGGAAGCUUGGCAAGACUUAACCCUGAUCAUCUUGAUUGUUGCUGCUGCUGUGUCAUUGGCACUGGGAAUAAAGACAGAGGGUUUGGCAGAAGGAUGGUAUGAUGGGGGAAGCAUUGCUUUUGCUGUUUUCCUUGUUAUAUUUGUGACAGCAAUAAGUGAUUAUCGUCAAUCACUCCAGUUUCAAAAUUUGAAUGAGGAAAAGAGAAAUAUACAGUUAGAGGUGAUGAGAGGUGGUAGAAUGAUAAAGAUUUCCAUAUUCGAUCUUGUCGUUGGUGAUGUUGUCCCUCUUAGAAUUGGUGAUCAAGUACCAGCUGAUGGAAUCUUAAUUACUGGUCAUUCUCUUGCCAUAGAUGAAUCUAGUAUGACUGGUGAAAGCAAGAUCGUUCACAAGGAUCAGAAAGCACCCUUUUUGAUGUCUGGCUGCAAAGUGGCUGAUGGUGUUGGUACUAUGCUGGUUACUGGUGUUGGAAUUAAUACGGAGUGGGGAUUGCUGAUGGCAAGUAUAUCUGAGGAUACUGGUGAAGAGACUCCCUUGCAGGUCCGGUUGAAUGGAGUUGCAACUUUCAUUGGCAUUGUUGGCCUUGUUGUGGCUGUUUCUGUACUUGCUGUCCUAUUGGUCAGAUACUUCACUGGAAAUACGAAGAACUCAGACGGAACCGUUCAAUUCAUCAAAGGCAAGACUAGCGUUAGUAAUGCAAUAGAUGGAGUCAUCAAAAUUUUCACGAUUGCAGUCACCAUUGUGGUUGUUGCAGUGCCUGAGGGGCUUCCUUUAGCUGUUACCUUAACCCUUGCGUACUCGAUGAGGAAAAUGAUGGCAGAUAAAGCCUUGGUGCGUAGGCUUUCUGCCUGUGAGACUAUGGGCUCUGCAACAACAAUUUGCAGUGAUAAAACUGGAACGUUGACCUUGAAUCAGAUGACUGUAGUUGAGGUUUAUGCUGGAAGAAAGAAGAUAAGUCCAUCAGAUGAGUCCUCACAGUUGAACCCAGCUGUCGCCUCUCUUAUAUGUGAGGGUGUAGCACAGAACACUACAGGAAAUGUUUUUAUUCCUAAGGAUGGUGGAAAGAUGGAGGUUUCUGGAUCUCCCACUGAAAAGGCAAUUCUUUCUUGGGCUGUGAAGUUGGGAAUGAAAUUUGAUGUUAUCAGAUCAGAGUCUACGAUUCUCAAUGUUUUUCCCUUCAACUCAGAGAAGAAGCGAGGUGGUGUUGCAUUAAAAAGGACUGAUUCUGUGGUACAUUUACAUUGGAAGGGAGCAGCUGAGAUAGUUCUAGCAUCAUGCUCGGGUUAUCUUGACUCAAAUGGUUGCUUGCAAUCCAUCGAUGAAGAUAAGGAUUUUUUCAAGGAAGCCAUAGAUGACAUGGCUGCAAACAGCUUGCGUUGUGUUGCCAUCGCAUACCGAUCAUAUGAAUUAGAAAAGGUCCCCGCCAAUGAGGAACAAUUGGACCAAUGGGUUCUGCCUGAAAAUGAUCUGGUUUUGCUGGCUAUUGUUGGUAUAAAGGAUCCAUGUCGCCCAGGUGUCAAAGAUGCAGUGAAGAUAUGCACAGAUGCUGGUGUUAAGGUACGGAUGGUUACCGGAGACAAUAUUCAAACAGCUAAAGCAAUUGCUUUGGAGUGUGGGAUUCUUAGCUCAAAUGCAGAUGCCACUGAACCUAAUAUCAUCGAAGGAAGGGUAUUCCGUGUAUUAUCUGAGAGCGAAAGAGAACAAGUUGCCCAAAAAAUAACGGUGAUGGGGAGGUCUUCUCCUAGUGAUAAGCUGUUGCUGGUGCAAGCACUACGCAAAGGAGGGGAAGUUGUAGCUGUCACCGGAGAUGGCACAAAUGAUGCUCCUGCACUUCAUGAGGCAGAUAUAGGUCUUUCUAUGGGAAUUCAAGGGACUGAGGUUGCGAAAGAAAGCUCGGAUAUCAUUAUCUUGGAUGACAACUUUGCUUCAGUUGUUAAGGUUGUCCGCUGGGGGCGCUCAGUUUAUGCCAAUAUUCAGAAAUUUAUACAAUUCCAGCUCACGGUUAAUGUCGCAGCCCUUGUAAUUAAUGUUGUUGCAGCAGUUUCCUCUGGUGAUGUUCCCUUAAAUGCUGUGCAGCUUCUAUGGGUUAAUCUUAUCAUGGAUACACUAGGGGCACUUGCACUGGCUACUGAACCACCAACAGACCACUUAAUGCAUAGAACACCAGUUGGUCGAAGGGAACCACUUGUAACGAAUAUCAUGUGGAGGAACUUAAUUAUCCAGGCUUUAUAUCAAGUCACCGUCCUCCUUGUGCUCAAUUUUGCUGGUCUUGAUAUUCUUAAUUUAAAGCAUGACUCCAGGAAACAUGCUGUAGAAGUCAAGAAUUCCCUAAUAUUCAAUGCAUUUGUCCUCUGUCAAAUAUUCAAUGAGUUCAAUGCUCGAAAGCCUGAUGAAAUCAAUGUGUUCAGCGGCGUGACAAAAAAUCACCUCUUUAUGGCUAUCGUUGGACUGACCUUUAUACUCCAGAUAAUCAUAAUUGAGUUCCUCGGAAAGUUUACUUCAACAGUGAAGCUAAGUUGGAAGCUCUGGCUUGUAUCCAUUUGUAUUGCCCUUGUCAGCUGGCCUCUUGCCAUUAUCGGAAAGCUCGUUCCAGUUCCUAAGACUCCCUUUGCCGCAUAUUUUGCUAGGCUAUUUCGAAGACGUAGAACUGCUCGGAAUGCAUAAUUUCUCGCCUUUGGUUGCACACCAUAAACGAAUCAUCAACAAAGUUCCAAUUCUCCAAAGAUCUAAUUAUUGUACAUGGCUGACAUAUUGCAAGACCAUAUUACAAACACCAUAUAUUCAUUUGUCAAACUCUUAUGCUAGUACAAUGCAUAAUUCUAUGAUAUAUUUUUCACCUCAAAUGUAAAUGAACGUUGCAAGUUUUAAGAAUAAUGUUGCUUUUAAUCAGAAUUUUUUUCC